GUGCAGCAGGGCAGAAUGAGCAGCGGCGGCGGAGGAUCGGAGCCGGCAAUCGCAGAGGCGACGGAGGCUAUUGACGAGCUUUAUCGUGUCCAUGAUACUUACUUCCCCAUCGAUCAAGAAGACAAGAACUCCAAGCUCCAAACCCUAGCUGAUGCCGCCCUCUCCCUCCUCGAUUCCGUACCCUUCGAAGAAAGGAGGUCUCCAUCCCAGCGUGCAGCUCAUGAGUUCUUAAGGGGAAAGAUACUAAAUGUAUUUCCUCACUAUCAGAAGGAAGCUGAAGAUCAUUUGUCCAAAGCUGUUAAACUGAACCCAUCUCUUGCUGAUGCAUGGUUAUGCUUAGGUAUGUGCCUUUGGAAGAAGGGAGAUUUGCCCUCAGCAAAGAAUUGCUUUUCCUUAGCACUGAGCAAGGGGGCAGAUAAGAAAAUACUUUGCCAGCUUUCAAUGCUCGAAAGAAAAAUGGCUCAAGGCGCAGAAAAUCAGUCACAACUAGUUGAAGAUAGCAUUCAUCAUGCUAAGGAAGCUGUCAUGCUGGACAUAAAGGACGGAAAUUCCUGGUACAAUUUAGGAAAUGCAUAUCUCACAAGCUUUUUUGUAACGGGAGCAUGGGAUCAUUCAAAGCUUCAACAAUCACUGAAAGCAUAUCAAAAUGCUGAGAAAAAUGAGCUGAUGAUAUCUAACCCAGACCUCUAUUUUAAUUCUGCUACUGCCAACAGGUACCUUGAAAACUAUGAAAGGGCUCUCGGAGGAUUUGAAGCUGCUUCCUCGAAGGAUCCUAGCCUUAAUGCUGAGGGAGAAGUUAAAAAACUUAUUAAUCUUCUUGACAAGAUAGAAAGUUCUAUUAAGGUGCAGGCCAGGGCUAAACAACUGAUGUCUGCUCUGUCAUCUUUGCGCGAAGUUAAUUUGAACUCAACACAUAAAAGAGUGACAAUCAAUGUCCUUACAGAAGGGCUGAACAAAGCAGUAGUGGUAGUCGCAAAAGUGCUUCUAUUUGUAAAGCAUGACAACAUAGCCCCAUUGUACUUUUUAGCAUGCGAUGUGGAACAAGCUAUUUUUGUUCUAUCGGUUUAUGGACUACUUUGUGAUGCAAUCAAGGAAGGGGAUCGAAUAACAUUGUUGGAACCAUAUCACAGAGUAAUCGAUUUUUCAUGGAAAGGCAAGCACUAUCAAUUCAAAUCUAUCCGCGUGGAUUUUGUGGAACAAAUUCUAGUGAAUGAAAAGACACCCGCUCCGUAUCAUGCAACCCGGGCUUCCAUUCUUGCGCAACAUAAACCGUGAUAGUUCACUUUGUUACUUGCAAUUUCAUGCUAGCAAACUUGCUUUUCUUGGUUUCCUUCUGGUUGCAUAUGUGUGAUCUACAAAGGGUUUGCGUGCAUGGAGAAGGUUUGUAUUUGUGAGAGCUUGUGUGAUCUUCGGUUUUGGCUAUGUUCUGGUCUCUUUUCCCCUUCAUUGGUGUAAUUAUUGCUCUGAGUACAGUUUUGCACAUCCGUGUUAAGGCUGAAAUCAUCUGAAGUGAAUGUAGCUGUCUAUGCAAUUUUUUAAACUUCUUUGUAGAUAAAUCAUUUUCAUCUAUA